CCCUGGGACACAAGACAAGAAGCCAGGAUUGGCAUACGAGGCAGAUAAGAAGAGCUCCUGAGAGCUGUAAUAGCUCAUCAUGGACAGUAGGACGCUCUUGCUCCUUGUGCUGUUCGCCAGCAGUUGCAUCUUAGCCCAGGAAGAUGGGACGGAAAGCCAGAAUCCUAGCUGUUCGAGAGAUGCAAUCAAAUUCAGACAUCUUAGGAAAUAUACAUAUAAUUAUGAGACUACCACAUCCAGUGGGGUGAGCGGUACGGCCGAUUCACAGAGUGGGACCAAGUUUAACUGCAAGGUAGAGCUAGAAGUGCCGCAACCAUGUAACUUCAUCCUGAGGAUAAAGCAGUGCACCCUGCGAGAGGUGUACGGAGUAAGCUCCGAAGGCAAAGCCCUCUACAAGAAGGCGAAGAACUCUGAAGACUUCUCCACUGCUAUGUCCAAGUAUGACGUCAACUUCAGCGUUCAGGACGGGAAACAGGUCAUUUUGUAUCCUAAAGAGGAGGAACCUGUAAAUACCCUGAAUAUUAAGAGAGGCAUCAUCUCAGCUCUUCUGGUACCAGAUGACACACAGGAGACCGGUGGCAUGGAUACUGUGUAUGGAAAAUGUAAAAGCGAAAUCAGCGUAGGAAAGAAAGGAGGCUCCGAAGUUACCGUCAGCACAAACCUGAAGACAUGCGACCAGUUCACACCAAACAGAGACUACGUCAGCCCUGUCGCAAUCUUUAAAGGACUGAAUAUCCCAUUGUCCACGCUGGUCAGCAGCAGCCAGUCUUGUCAGUACAACCUCGAAACAAAAAGAAGACAUGUGACGGAAGCAUCCUGCACGGAAACUCAUCUCUUCCUUCCCUUCUCACAUAAGAAUCAGUAUGGCAUGAUGGCAAAAGUGACCCAGACCUUGAAGCUGGAAGACUCCUCAAAGACCAACAACAGAGAGUUUGCUGAUUCCAAGUUUGUAAAAGGCCUGGCCCUGGAGGCUGCAGAGUCUUCUUCUUCCAGUGAAGAUGCUGUCUUGGAAAACCUUAUGGAGCUUCAAAAAGCAUCAUCAUCCUCCGAGCUGAACCAGCAGAGAGCAAACACGUUCCGCAAACUUGUCAGCGCACUGCAGACCCUGAACAACGAGACCCUUGGCCCCCUCGUCCCAAGACUGAUGCAGCUGUCAAGCCCUAUCGCACUGCAAGCCCUGACCCAGUGUGGGACUCCUGAAUGUUUUGGAGCUAUCCUUCAGGUGCUGCGCUCCGGAGGUGUGUCACCUGUACUGAGCGACACCGUCACCUACGCACUUGGACUUUUGCCGUCGCCGUGCACCAAGCGUCUUCGCGAGCUUCUGAACAUGGCCCAGUACAUGCAAAGCAGAGCUUCGUUCUAUGCCUUGAGCCACGCUGUCAACAACUUCUAUGAAGACAGAAGCACCAUCACUCCGGAGUUACGGGAUACGGCCGACUUCAUGUCCUCCCUCAUUGACAAUGAAUGUACCGGAGACCAAGACAAAACCUUCCUGACUCUUAAGGCAAUUGGAAUUAUGGGCAAUGUUUUGGAAGCGGCCAAUCCACAGAUCAAGUCAUCCAUUUUGAAAUGUGUCAGGAGCCAGGCGCCGUCAUACGAUGUGCAGAAGGCAGCUAUUCAGGCUCUACGCAAAAUGUCCAUCACAGACGAGGCUCGGAGCGCGCUUGUCCAAGUCUUCCAAGAUGGAAACUCUCCAGUCCAAAAGAGGCUGGCAGCCUACCUCAUCCUGAUGAAGAACCCUUCACAGUCCGACCUUCGCAGGGUCGUUCGCUCCCUCAAUAAGGAUGACAACGAGCAAGUGAAGAACUUUGUUGCCUCUCACCUUGUGAACAUUCAGAACUCCCAAGCACCGGAAAUGCAGGAGCUGAAAGGCAAACUAGACGAAGCCCUCAAGUCAAGCGGUGUCCCCGCAAUCGUCAACGACUUCACCAAAGUGUCCAAGAAUUACCAAAUCUCCAAAACUGUGGACAUUCCCGGGUCAGGGGAGAAUUUAGGGGCUAAAGUGGAAGGAAGCAUCAUUUACGAUUUUACCGGCUACAUGCCCAGAGAAGUCAUGCUGGAGACGACCCUGAACGUGUUCGGACAGUCUGUGGAUAUGUUUGAGAUCGGGGUAGAAGGUAAAGGUUUUGAACCAACGCUUGAUGCCCUGUUCGGUAAGGAUGGAUUUUUCCCAGACUGCACCACCAAGGCCUUGUAUUGGAUGGAUGGAAAAGUUCCUGACAAGGUCACCGAAGUUUUGUACAAGUGGUUUGGUGUCUCCAGACAGGACCAGCAGAACCAGGAUCUGAAGAAGGCCUUCCUCUACAGCAUGGAAAAGCUGAUAAAGGAAGUGAGAUCUAGUGAUGCUCCAGAGGCUAAGGCUUACCUGGCCAUCCUCGGGAAAGAACUGGGUUACUUUAAGUUUGGCGACUUAAAGACUCUGGGAAAUGUUUUGCUGAAGAGCUUCCAAUCUACACAGAAUCUCCCUGCAAAGAUGGCACAGAUGUUCUCCAGCGGGGCUGACAGUGACCUCUUCAUCCACUACAUCUUCAUGGACAAUAAAUUCUCCCUUCCAACUGGAUCAGGUCUUCAGCUCCAAGUCUCUUUGUCUGGAAUAAUUGCUCCGGGUACAAAGGCUGGAAUGAAAUUUGGAAACAGGAACGCAAAGGCCGAAUUUUCCCUGAAACCUGCAGUUGCAGUAGAGUUUGUUACUCAAAUGGGAAUUCAGAUUCCUGAGUUUUCCAAGCACGCAGUUCAGAUGAACACCAACAUCUACCACGAAUGCGGGGUCCAGGCACGGAUCUCUCUGAAAGACGGACAGUUCAAGUUCUCAAUGCCUGCACCCACUACACCAACAAAACUCUUCAGCAUCAACCACAAAGUCAAUUUGGUCUUUGCAUCCAAGACUGAGGUCAUGCCUUCCAUCGUUGAGAACAGAGAGGAGCAGAUGACUUGCAGGCCUCUUUUCACCGGGGCUAACUACUGCAUAAACAUUGGAUAUUCUAAUGCCAGCUCUAUAGACAGUGCUCCAUACUUCCCCCUCACUGGAGAGGCCAGGUAUGAACUGGAGAUUCAGCCAACGGGAGAAGUGAAAGAAUAUUCCCUGACUGCCAGUUACAGCAACAACAGGGAAGGAGAUGACGUGACCAACACUGUUCAAAUCGCCCUCCAAGCAGAUGACUUGAAGGUAGCAGAGACAAGGCUGACCGCCACUCAGAACAUCGACCGGGUUACUCUGGCUAGUAGCUUCGAAAUCCCAAAAGCCAACAUCAACCUUGGUGGCAGUGUGAGACUCACUGAUGAAUACAAUAAUGACAAGAGAACCUUCACUCUGGUUGCUGAAGUCAACAACCAACAGGUCUCAGAAGUCACCUUCACUGGAAAGGUCAGCUAUGAUGGUCGUACUCAAGGUUCCCUUAGUGGAGAGCUUUUGAUUCCAAAGCUAAAUAUGGAGGCCAAAGCAGAUGCUAUCCUCAAGAAAGUACUGAGCGAUUUCAACCUCCAGCUCAAGUCUUCUGCCACUAUCUGUGCCCUGUCUGGUUCACAAAACCUUGCAUUCACCUAUGACAAUGAAAAGGUUGAGUUAGACUGGAGCACCACCUCCAACAGCAACGUGAAGAAGAUCAUCUCCAACCUGCCAGACAUCAGAUUCUCAGACCUUGCCAGCUAUCCCGAAUCUCUAAAGACCUAUGCCAACAAAGUCCUAGAUCAUAAGGUGGCUCAGACCGACAUGACCGUCCGUCAUAUUGCUUCGCAGUCCAUAGUGGCAACCAACAACUGGUUGCAGGCGGCUUCAAGAAGCAGUCCCUAUGCUCAAACUCUCAGCAACAAGUUGUAUGCCUUAAGAGAUCUGGACUGGCAGGAACUGGGUGUCCCAGCUUUCCCUGAUGACCUGUUCUUAAAUAGUGAUGGAAAGAUCACAUACAAAUUUAACAAGGAAAGCACUACCAUCAAUAUCCCACUACCCUUCGCAGGAAAGUCAUCUCACCAGCUGGUUGCGAAAUCAGUGAGGGUUCCAUCACUUGAAAUGCAGUCAGUGGGCUUAUACAUGCCAGCGCGUGAGUUCAGAGUUCCGGCCUUCUCCAUUCCUGAGUAUUACCAGCUAAAGGUCCCACUGCUCGGAGUAUUGGAUCUAUCGUCUAACAUCAUCAGCAACUACUACAACUGGUCCGCAUCGUACAGUGGUGGGAACACUACUAGCGAUAUCCAGAGCUUUGCAUUAAGCUACCAAAUGAAAGCAGACUCCAUCGUGGACAUUUGCUCAUACAGCAUUGAUGGUUCUGCCAAGGCAUCCUAUGACCCAAGAGACAUUGUGACCUUGUCCUAUGAAGCAUCAUUACGCCACACUCUUCUUGAUGCAGGCAUAAGGCUCAGUGAAAUAUUUAACCCAAGGAGUAGCCAGUUGUUUAAAGGAUCCUAUUCUUACCAGGCCAGAAGUGUAUUGGGAUUGGAAGCUUCUGCAGUUUCCUCAUCUAGAUCAACACUCAACAACCAGAUGCUAGUGACACAGUCUGAUAUCAACACUAGACUGAGUGUAGCUUCCCUUUUUGCAAACAGUGAAUUAAUGUUUGUGUCCACCUUCAACACAGAAAGCUUCCAGACAAAAAUAGAAUCCAACUAUAAGUUUGAUUCAUCUUUCUUGAAGGCAACAAACAAAUUGUCAGGAAUGUUCCUGUCCGAAGUAGUAACUUUGAGUUCAACCACGGAUUUGCAAGAUGGAGCUCUUGUUAACACCAUGACUGUUGAUUACAGAAACAAGCAGUUGACCCUGAAGUCAAAUACAAAUGGAAACUACUUCAACCUAGUUGGGCUGAACAAAUUUGAACUCACAUUGUCGAAACAGAUGGCUGCCAUCCGAUCAGAAUAUCAGGCUGACUAUAAGCGCAACCGAUUCUAUACCCUUAUGUCUGGCUCUCUUAACUCUCUUGGUCUUGAAAUAAAUGCUGAUGUCACUCUUAAUAACCAGGCAAGUAGAGGUGUUCACAAGGCGACUUUGAGACUCAACCAAGAUGGCCUUUCCACUAGUGCUACCACCAGUGUCAACUUUAGUCCAUUAUUGUUGGAGAGCGAGUUGAAUGCCGGCAUUGGAUCAGCAGGAGCAGUGAUGAAGGUCAUGGCAAGUGGAAGAUAUCGACAACACAGUGCCAAGGUUACUGUUGAUGGAAAAGGGGCCUUGAAUGAACUGUCUCUUGGUAGUGUGUAUCAAGCUACACUUCUUGGAGUGGACAGCAAACAUCUGUUGAACUUUAGGUUAAGCAAAGAAGGUCUGAAGUUUUCUACCAAUUUAAUGGGCUCCUAUGAUGAACUAAAACUGGAGAGCAGCAGUGACCUAAGUAUUGCAGGAUAUGUUCUGCAGUUUACCUCCAAAUUUGAAAACUUGCUAAGCUCUGACAAAUUCCACAAGCACAAAUUGGACUUCCAAAUGCAACCCUAUACCAUGACAGCUCUGCUGAAUAAUGAACUGCAAUAUGGCGCUCUAGAGAUUACCAACAAAGGACAGGUGCAGCUGGAAGCCUUCAAGGUGAAUGUCAAUGGCAAUGUAAGAGGUGCUUACAACAAAGAUGAAAUAAGGCACUCAUAUGGCUUUUCAGCUGGUAAUAUGGCAGCCAGUGUUACCACAGACACUAUUGCAAAUAUUCAAGGAACUGCCCAUACUCAUAGAUUUGCACUGGAUGUUGCCGGCCUCUCUGUCUCACUUACCAGCAGCACAAAUUGUGAUUCAAAAGUUAUGCGGUUUACUAACAGGAUUCGCUCUGUUAUGCAGCCAUUCACCAUUACCGUUGACUCUCAAACUAAUGGAGAUGGAAGACUGAUGAUUUUUGGGCAACAGACAGGACAGCUUUACAGCAAAUUCAUAUUAAAAGCAGAACCCCUUUCCUUUAAUUUAGUUCAUGAUUACAGGGGAUCAACAACACAUAUGCUAGGAACAGGCAACACCCAUGAAACUCUCCUAGACUACAGUAUAAACCUGUUGUUCACACCUUCUGAACAGUUGAGCUCAUGGAAACUUAAGAGUCGUCUGGACCAGAAUACGUACAACCAAGAUAUCAGUGCAUUCAAUAAUGCUGACAGUAUUGGAGUUCAACUUAGUGGGCAAACUCUAGCAGACCUCUCUGUACUGGAUAAAGAAGUUCAUCUGCCCUUUGUCAAGUUUAAUCCAAUCGACUCUCUAAACUUAAGAGACAGCAUCAGUACACCUCAAGAAUUUAGCAUUUCUGGCCAUAUAACAUAUGACAAGAAUAAAGACAUGCAUAUCAUCCACUUGCCGUUCAUUGAGAACAUGUCUUUAUAUUUUGAGAGAGUAAGAGGUGCACUACUGACCACUCUACAAGCCCUGCAGAAUUCACUGAAAGACAUUGACAUUGACCAAUAUGUCCAGAGAUAUAGAAGGGCAUUGGAUACAGCUGGCCAAAGGAUGAGUGAAUAUGUUAACGGUUUAGAUAUAGAAAGCAAAGCUAGUCUUGCAAAAGAAAAGAUUAUAUCAUUGGCCAAGGGCUUUAAGAUCACAGCUGAGGAACUUCAAUCUGCAGUUGAAGAUUACUUACGUCGAGUACAAUUCCGUUUACAGAAAUCUUUGACUGAACUGGAAAGAUAUAUCAAAGAAAAUUAUGACCUUGAGAAGCUCAAAAAAUCCAUUGAGUUGCUGAUUCAAAGAUGUGUAGAGAAACUGAAAGCCUUUGACAAUGAAUACAAAAUACGGGAAAAGACCAUUGAGAUGAUUGAGAAAUUUGUAGUUCAGUUUAAUGACUUGGACCAAAGCUUAGCUGCUUGGAUUCAAAAUCUUGAUAAACAAUACCAAAUCAAAGCUAGCAUCCAGAGAUUUCUAUACCAAAUCCAGUAUUACAUACAGGAAAUUGAUGUUGAUAAGAUGGCUCAAAAGAUGAAGCAUCUCCUGCAGUCCAUUGACAUUUCUGAGUAUGUUGAGCAGAUCAAAACCUCUGUGCUGAUUGAAAAUAUGAGAUUUGUUAUAGAGCAAAUUAAAAACAUUAUUGUCACUCAAUUAGAGGAAUUUCAAAUCAGUGAAAAAAUCAAUGCAGUCGUUGACAAAUUUCAAGACUUUGUGGCCAAGUAUGACAUUGACAAAAAGUUGGAAGUGCUCAUAGAAAAGUUUAUUGAGUUCCUUAACCAACAAAGAGUUAAAGAAACCAUCAAGAAGGCAACAGACAUGCUAAAUAACAUUGAUGUCAGACAACACUGUAAGAAGGUGAUUGCAUUUAUCGAUGAAGCAGUCAAGCAAGUCAAAGACUACGACUUUAAGAAGCUGAUUGAUGACAUCAACUAUUACUUAGACAUCUUAGUUCAGAAGAUGAGGUCCUUUAAUUACGACAAGUUUGUGGAUGACUUCAAUAAUAAGAUCAAAGAACUGACAGAGGCAAUAAACAAUAAAUUGAGGGCUCUGGAGCUGCCACAAAAAGCUGAAGCUUUAAGACAAUAUUUGAAUGAUGUGAGGGCAAUGGUCACAGAAUAUCUUCAACAAGUAAGAGAGACCAGGUUUGCUGCUGUUGCUAAGUGGUACGAAGACAUCAUGACCUCAACAGUAUUAAAUGAAUGGAAGACCAGAGUAAUUGAACACCUUGAGGACACCAGAGACAGAAUAUAUGCUAUGAACAUAAAAGAAGAAUGCCAGCGAUAUCUACAACAGGUGAGCCAGGCUUACCGACGUUUAGUUUUUUUCAUAACAGAGCAGUGGAACACCGUGGCUGCCAAGAUUAAUGACUUUGCUCAAGAGAAUGGUAUCCAGGAUUGGGCUGAUAGGUUGAAAGUUUUUGUAGAAGAGGGGUUUGUUGUUCCAGAAGUCAACUUAGGAUUCAUCAGGUUUCCUGCCUUUGAAGUUAGCCUGCGGGCACUAAGAGAAGCAACAUUCAGGACACCAUACUUCAUUGUACCAUUCACAGAUUUACAGAUCCAGUCUGUGGAAAUCAAUUUCAGAAAUCUAAGAGGCAUUGAAAUUCCAACAAGAUUUGUUACACCUGAGUUUACAAUUUUCAACAGCUAUAAAGUACGAUCCUACGUAAUUGAUCUAAAUGAAAUAAGGCUCAAGGUUGUAAGAAUAAUUGAUCAAAUUAUUUCAAGUGACUAUACCUUGCCAUCCCCAGACAUUCUAUUUAGAGAUAUAACGAUGAGUGACAUGGGACUACCUGAAUUUUCCAUUUCUAAAAUUUACAUCCCCGACAUGCAGCUACCUGAGUAUAAAAUCCCUAAACUAAACUUGGAAAAUUUCCAGUUCCCUGAUAUAAAGAUUCCUGAAUACCAGCUUCCAAAGAUUCCUCACUCUGUUUCUGUUCCAACAUUUGGCAAGCUGUCAGGUUCAUUCAAAGUAGCUUCUCCUUUUUUCACUAUGUCUACUUUAGCUGAGGUCAAAAAUUCCACAGUCUCUGAGAAUUCACCAGAAAUGGUCGCUUCUCUAACUACCGAGGCAACCUCAAUGAUUGACGCUUUGGCUUUCACCUUUGGAGCUGAUGCACGCAUUUCAGCUCCUUUGAUGGAACAGCUGGUUCUGAAAGAAACUGUGUCACUAUCCAACAGACAUGUAAAACUUGAUCAUUUAAGUGAAGUUAUCUUUGCAGCAAGUCAAAUUCAGACACAGAUCCAAACAAAGGCUCACUUGAGGACUGAGAAGAAUACAGCUGAGCUUCAAAACUCUGUUAUAGUCAGAUUGCAGAAGAAAAUUACAGCAGAUGUGUCAACAAAAUACUCUCAUAGAUUGAAUAUUCCACAGUUUGACUUUUCAAGUCAGCUUGACCUGCAAAAUGAUGUCGACACAACAGUGGACAUUGGACGCAUUUCCUUAAUAUCAUCUGGUAAAGGAAACUGGAGAUGGGCCUGCCCUCUGUUCACUGAUGAAGGUAACCACCAGGCUGAUGUCAAGUUCAAUCUGAAAGGUGGCAACAUUGAACUUUUGGGCACUAACAAAAUAAAUGACAAAUAUCUGAAACUGGAUCAAAGCCUCAAGUAUGAUUCCAUGCUCCUGAACUACGUAAAUAUUGAUGUCAUGUCUAAGGCUGAUGCUCCUAAUGUUGGAAACAGCAUUGCUACACUGAAAGGAAAGGCUCAGAUUAGUGAGAUGAAGGUAGAACUAGAAGCAACUCACAAUGCAGAACUAUCGGGCCGGGCAACUGGAAUAAUAAGCAACAAGUUUGCCUUCUUGACUAGAGCCUUUGAAAUAAAACUGUCCACUGCAAACAAUGGAAAUCUAAAAGUAAGCUUCCCUCUAAAACUGACAGGUAGGAUUGAUUUCCUAAACAACUAUGACUUUACCCUCAGCCCAACCAUUCAACAAUUGUCAUGGCAAGCAAAUGGAAGAUUCAACCAGUACAAAGUGGCUCAUACAGUUUUGCUGGGUAAUAAUGAAGAGAAUAUUGAGGCUGCAUUCACAAUGAACGGAGAAGCUAACCUUGAUUUCUUGACAAUCCCAGUCUCUAUCCCUGGAAUUCAAGUCCCAUACACAUCAUUGAAGACACCUGAGGUUCUCGAAUAUUCUGUGUGGGAAAAAAGUGGCCUGAAGAAUUUGCUGACAACCACUCGUCAGAAUUUUGAUCUGAAUGUAAAACUUCAGUAUCAGAAAAGUAAAGAUACAUAUGUGAUACCAUUGCCGCUAGAUAAAGUUUUUGAUACAAUCAAUACAAAUAUGAAGACCCUUAACAAAAACUUUGAGUAUGGAAGAGAUAAAGCAUUGAACCUCCUGGUAGACUCCUACAAUCAAGCCAAAGUGAAGUUUGAGAAGCACAAAUUGGACAAUCAAGUUAAUAAAGCACCAAGAACAUUUAGAAUCCCUGGUUAUACCAUACCGCUGGUGAACAUUGAAAUUUCUCCCUUCUCAGCUGAACUCCCUGCCUUUGGUUACGUUGCUCCGAAAGAAAUAAGCACACCAAGCUUUGUUGUGCCAAUGGUUGGGUUCUCUAUCCCAUCUUACAAGUUAGUGAUACCUUCCUUGGAAAUGCCUGUAUUGCAUGUGCCCAACUCUUUACGUAGACUUUCUCUUCCUAAGGUUAAACUUCCAAGUGGACAGAAUGGUAUAGUAAUUCAAGCACUGGGAAAUAUCACUUAUGAGUUCUUCUUUAAGUCAAAUGUUAUUUCACUUACCACCAGUGCUGGAAUAUACAAUCAGGCUGAUGUCUCCGCAAGAGUAAGUGUAGCCUCCACAUCAGUUAUCGAAGCUCUUCAGUUCAACAUAGAUGCAACAACAGGGCUUACAAGGAAGAGAGGUCUAAAAUUAGCCACAGCAUUAGCAUUGAAAUCUGUAUUUGCUGAAGGAAAACAUGAAAGCUCUAUAUCAUUUGGAAAACGAAACGUGGAAGCAUCUGUGAUAACAAAUGCAAAAUUGGAUACCCCACUGUUAAAGAGUACAUUAAGACAAGAACUGACAGGUAACACAAAGACAAAGUCUACUGUGUCAUCCAAGAUCACACUCACUUAUGAUUAUAAUGAUGUAUUGUUUGGAAACACAGCAAAGGGUAAAGUUGAUCAUACAUUAAAUCUUGAAGGACUUACCACUUACUUUUCAAUUGAGUCAAGAAUAAUUGGAGAUAUAACCGGAACCAUUCUAACUCACCAAACGUUUUAUGGGACAUUGACCAAUGAUGCAAACACCUACAUGAAUGCAAACAACCUUAGAUCUACCAUGAGGCUCAUAGGCAGCUCCAGAGCUGAUGGCAUAGGAAACAUGGACUUUACAGAAAAUCUUGCUGUUGAAGCCUCAACCACAAGAAUCUAUGCAAUUUGGGAACAUAAAGAAGAAAAUUAUUUAAGAAUCACUCCACUCUUUACAUCAAAGGGGCAGCAGAGUAGCAAAGCCACGUUAGAACUGGCCCUUUGGAGUCUACUAGCAGACCUUCAAAUAAAGAUCAGCCAACCCAAUUCAUUUAUUGAAGCAGCAUCAUUAAACCAAGGCAUUACAUUAAAUGUUAACACUGAUAAGCAAGAAUUUACUGUAAACGGACAAGGUACUCUGGAGUCUCUCAUUCUGGCUCACAACGUAAAGCUAUCCAAUGAUCAGACAGAUGCAAGACUUGAAGCUGGAGGAUCAUUACAAGGCCAUGUGGCUUUUCUAAAGUCAAUUAUACUACCAGUGUAUGACAGAAGCCUGUGGGAUGUCUUGAAACUUGAUGUUACAACUAAUGUUGACAGAAAACAAUACCUGAAUGCAUCAACAGUUCUGAUUUACACAAAAAGUAACAAUGGAUUCUUCUACCCUAUUCCAUCUGAAAGAAUUGGAGAUGGUUCCACCAUAACCUUCCCUGGACUGACACUGCCCAAAGACAUUUACCCAUUUUCUUCAUAUUUCCCACAAAUUCAGUUCCCUGCAGCUGACAUCAACAUAUUGUACACAUCAGCAGAAGGCUCCAAUAUUCCCCUUGUUGAACUCUCUGCACCACAAUAUCAAAUAACGCUAUCAAAAUACACUCUUCCUAAAAAGUUCUACAACUUGGACUUCAACAGUCUCUUCAACAAGUUAGCAGACAUUGACCUACCAACUAUUGAGAUCCCAGAACAGAACAUUGUGAUCCCACCAAUUAACUUGAGAAUGCCUGCAGGAAUUUACUUCCCAGCCUUUGGUUCCAUAUCUGGCUCCAUUCAGUUUGCUUCCCCUGUUUACAAUCUCACAUGGACAAACAAGCUGGAAAACAAACCAGAUUCUUUAGUUAGCACCAUUGACGCCACCAGCAGUUCAACACUACAGUUUCUGGAGUUUGAUCUUGAUGUUUCAUUAGCAGGUUCACUAAAUGGUAGAAGCCUGAAUCUUAUUGAACAAGGAAGUCUGGCACACGUGGAUUUAAGUGCAACCUGGAAGGAUGAAGUUUCAUUUAAUGGUCUAAGGUUGCCAUAUCACAACAUCCAAGUGGACAUUACCAGCCCUACAUUCUCAAAUGCCCAGAUACGUUGCCAGCAUGAUGAAAAUGGUAUCUCCUCAUCUGUCUCAACUCCAUCCACUGGUACUUUGGGUCUUCUCCUUGAUAAAGAUUCCAGGACGAUCAGACUAAAAGUGUACAGUCGCCCUGCAGCUUCACCUGAAAAAGAAGUACUUUUACUGAAAAAUGAGAUAUCACUAAAAAACUCAGACAAGAUUCAAAACAAACUGAACUGGCGUGAGGAGGCUGUUCAGGAUUUACUUAACGGCUUCAAGGAAAGAUUGCCCAAGAUGUCCGAUGCCAUCUACAACAGUGUCAACAAAUACCACAAGGAACACUUAGGCAUGGACAUGAAAGAUGCAGGCCUACAGAUGAAAGAACGUCUACAGACAGAAGUGUCUUCAGCUUACAAACGUGCAUCUUAUCAUGUUGAUUACCUAGAAUAUCGUCUUAAAUCAGCUGCAAGGGGUGCCAGUGGAAAUUAUGCAAAUGUUGUCUCCAAAGCUCAACAAUGGUACCAAGACCCAUCAGAUAUGUCUUUCCUUCUAAAUGAUGGGGGACAGUUGUAUGAACAAUCUGUAACUGCAAUCAGAAAUUAUCAAAGUACAAUGAAAGAGGUAAUUGAUGCAGCUAUUACAUUUUUAAAGAGUACAAAAUUUCAGCUACCAGGCCAGAACAAGAAAUAUACCGGUGAAGAACAAUUUGCCAUGGGUAUGAAGUGGGCAGUACAAACUAUGGAACAAUGUAUUCUGAAGAUCCAAAAAAUUCUUGACAGCAUCAUCCAGUUAAUUAGUGAUGUCAGUUUUAAUAUCCCUGGAACAAACUUUAAAAUUGAAACCAGACAAGUCAUCCUUGCGGUUAAAGACUUUGUGAAAGAGCUACAAGAGAUUGCAAAGAAGAUAUUUAAUGAUCUCCAGUCCUUAAACAUUGAAAGAAACUUACAGCAACUUAAAGGAUUGGUUCAGGAGAUUUCACAAAAAUCAGAAAAACUUAUUGAAGCCUUGAAAUCCAAAAAUUAUCAAGACAUACAACGUCAAACCCAACAAAUGUAUAAUGAUGCCAUGAAUUCACAGUAUGUGCAAUACCUUAACAAUCUUGUCAAAGAAAUCAAAAAGAGCAUGGACCAGCUGCUUAAAGUUUACCAGAAGAUCUAUGAAGAGCUUAUAGAUAAAUUAAAACAGUUACUUGUUUAUGCCAAGGCCUUGAGAGAAGAAUACCUAGACCCAAAUAUCGUGGGAUGGUCUGUGAAAUAUUACGAAAUUGAAGAGAAAAUUCUUCAGCUCUUUAAAGUCAUCAUUGAUUCAUUGAAAGAACUGCCUUCACAAUAUGGCAUCAAUAUCUCAGAGAUUACUAACCAAAUCAAAGAACUGUUGAGAGAAUAUUAUGAGCAAACUGUGGUUCUACUGACCAAUGCCGAAGACAAGGGACGUAAGCAGGUGAGAGAACUUUCCAUGAAAUUCGAAGAAAAAGUCAGUGAUUGGUCAAGAAGUGCCAAACAAGCUGCAAUUGAACAUUCUCAAAAUCUAAAUGUAAAACUCAAUGAAGCUUAUGCUCAACUCCAGAGCUCCUAUGAGAAGUUUCUAGCUGAUGCAAACAGUUUAAUUGAUCUGGUCAUCCAAAAAUAUAAUGCCUUCAUAGAAUUCCUCACUCAAAUGUUACAAAAUGUACAGAAUUCUGCUAGUGAACAGGUAAAAACAUACAUGUCAACACGUAAAGGUGAGCUUAAAGUAGAAAUCCCACAUCCCUUUGAUUGGAAAUCUUUCGAUGAAAUUCCCCAAGUACGAAAGGAUAUCAUAGCUAAGCGGAUAGAAAUUGCACGUUCCAUGAUUCUUGAAGGUAUAGAAAAAGGCUCUAAACAAUGGGAAGAAGUACAGCAACUCAUUGAGAAACAAGUUGAAGAUGGAAAACUAACUGCACAGCAAAUUAUUGAAAACAUCAAAAACUGGAGAAAAAAUUGAACGGACAUUAUGUACUGUAGCACCCAAAAUAUAGGAUUUUACUCAGGUGAAAAGUAACAACAAUCAGUGUUCAUUAUGUUUUAAAGCUAUUGUUGUUUCUAGUAAAUGAAGAAACAUGAAAUUGUCCUUAUUUCUAUAAAGUUAAGUUUAAUAAAGAUUGUUUGUUAUAAGCUGGCAUUAUUUUACGCAAUUUAUCUUCAUUGCUAAAUACAACAUUAAAUUAAAUCAUCAUAUUUGA